AUGAUAAGCCUGGUGUUCUGUGUUGCGCGCCCUACACUCGCGGGAUUUGUAUGCUUUCUUGUGGCAAUCUGUUAUUUUGAGGAUGCACUGUGCGACCAUCUUGACGAAGACGAGCCUCCUCCAGUUUUCCCGCCAAAAUCAUUGGAAUCCCCAUAUCCCAGACUCCUCCACGAACGUGACGUCAUCCACUACAGGGACGCCAAUGGUCAGUUUGUGACUCUCGGAUCUGGAACUUUCGCUAAUGUCACUCUGGGUGAGCUCGCUGACUCUGGCGUCCACGUGGUGAUCAAAUCUUUCACGGACUCACCUUUUCGGGAGAUUCUCAAGGAGAUUAGAAUGCAUAGGUAUGCAGAAGAUCUAGGUGUAACAUCACGCCUCAUUGGCCUGCUGCCGUCAGGACCCUUUGCGGGAAACAUUUCAUUGGUCUUUGAAUAUAUCGCAUAUUCUAAAGACAUUCAUGAUUGGUUACAUGAACAUAAGGCUCUAACCACUGUCCAGUGGAUUUGGGUCUGCCGUCAGUUAGCUCUAGCCUUGCUCCGCCUCCACCAACAUGACGUGAUGUUCAAUGAUUUACAUCGAAGUAACAUUCUCAUUAAAAAGCAUGGAAACAAUCUACAAAUUUAUUUUAUCGACUUUGGCUAUGCAACUUUUAAAAGUGGAAAGAUCUACUCAGGUAGUAAUUUCACUAAUUUGGAUUUUUUGGCACCGGAAUUGUCGCAAGGAUCUGUCACUACAAAAGCAACUGAUAUGUUUUCCCUGGCAAUAACCACUGAUAUUCGUAUAGCUCAACUAAGACUGACCAAUGAAACAGUGGUCGUCAAAGAAUUUUAUGGAGUUUCCUUUGAAAAAAUCAGAAACGAGGCAUGCAUGACAGCUUUCUUUGGAGAAAUAGGCAUAAGUCCCAGAAUAAUAGGAAUUCUCACCGAGUACAGGGAAAUGACGGACGCCGCUUUUGUUCAAGAGAUGUGGGGGAAUGGUGUGUCUCUUUCCAAAUUUAUGUUUGUUACUUCUGAACACGAGUGGAACUUUGAAUUUCUGCAGAGAGCAGCUGAAGACAUCGAAUUCCAGAAUGUCUGCUCUUGGAAUUCUUCAGAAUAUUUCUUGGGCCUGAUCAAAGAAAAAGCUGUGCAAAUAUGUCAUGCCAAAGGAUAUCGAAGGCGAACAAUGGAGGAAAUAUGUACAUUGUUAAUCCAAAUGAUGAUUACCGUUCACGAUGCUGGCUAUUUAAUUAACAGCUUGAGAGCAAAUAAUGUACUCCUGAAAGCAAAGUAUGUCAACAGUGUCAGGUUUGACGUGGACAUCCGGCUUAUUGACCUCCGAAUGAUAUCAUCAAUCCAUCCUGGAAUUUUUUUAAACACAUCCCCAGAUGAUAUUCCCAAGUUUCCGUAUCUUGCCCCGGAAGUACAUCGAGGCGAGAGAACGUCAAAGUCAUCGGAUAUAUAUAGCCUGUGCUUCGCGCUCAAUCAGAUCAUGAGCGAAUACUUUGUGACCUAUGCUUCAGGGGUGACUUCAACGAAGACGAAUCAAACUUUAAAUAGUUAUUUGAAUGUUUACGGUAAUUCUACAGUACAAAGAACUAAUCGUGGUCACCAGUCAAAGGUCAAGUCAUCUCAUACAACAGAGUCUGUACUCGCAGUCCUCAGAUAUCACAACCUAUUACUCAAAUGUUUACACGGUGAGCCUAGUGAUAGACCUCACCUACAAGAGUUGCUUGCCGUUUCUUCUUUAGCGUUUUCAUAA